AUGUCUGUCAAAUUCCAGGAAGACGUGACCACUCGCACCAGGGUUGGCCGGCCAGAGAACUUGACCCAUGAGUUGGCGCACAAGGUCGGCGAGCGCCUGACUGGCGGUGACACGCAUACUGGCUAUCUCGCGGCGUACUUGAAACAGCUGCAGUCAAAUCCUCUCCGUACCAAGAUGCUCACCUCUGGUGUUCUCUCUAGUCUGCAGGAGCUCCUCGCCUCGUGGCUCGCUCAUGAUGUCAGCAAACAUGGCCAUUACUUCAGCUCCCGCGUUCCGAAGAUGGCCCUCUAUGGAAUGUUCAUUAGCGCGCCAUUGGGCCAUGUGCUCGUCGGCAUUCUGCAGAAAAUCUUCGCGGGGCGGACGAGUCUCAAGGCCAAGAUCCUGCAGAUUCUCGUCAGCAACUUGGUGGUUUCUCCCAUCCAAAACACUGUCUACCUCGUCUCGAUGGCGAUUAUCGCCGGUGCUCGCACCCUCCACCAAGUGCGCGCCACUGUCCGCGCUGGUUUCUUGCCUGUCAUGAAAGUCAGCUGGAUCACAUCGCCAAUUGCAUUGGCAUUUGCCCAGAAAUUCCUCCCUGAACACACGUGGGUCCCGUUCUUUAACAUUGUGGGAUUCUUCAUUGGCACAUACGUCAACACCCACACCAAGAAGAAGCGUCUCGAAGCUCUCCGACGACAAUACGACCAGCGCCGAGGCGGUAACAGCGAGUACGGCCGUCGCGACUACCCUUAG